CGUGUUGUUGUUCGUUUGAUAUUGCACUCAGAAGUCACAAUAUGUUGUUGUUCGUUUGAUAUUGCACUCUGAAGUCACAAUAUUAAGUCGCUGAAAAAAAAUUAGUGACUAAAAAAUAUUUACAACUUGCAACUGAUCGCAGCUAGCAGAUUGCAAGGUACUUUCAACACCGAAAUAAACAACAUUUAAUUGCAUGUUGCACGUUGCAGUAGCUGGUCGUAGGUCACUGCAACAUGCAAACAAGUCCUAUAUCUAUAUGAAGAUAUUUGUUUCUUGAUCUAGGGUCUAUUUGAUUUUGUGUCAUCAAGGUUGACGGUAGAGGAAAAAGAAAUGUGGAUUUUGCAGUUGGGAUGAAAACACUGAAUAAAAAAAUUAAACUCCAACUACUACAAGCUGCUCAAACAAUGGAGCACUUGACAAGUAAUAAAGCACACUAGUUUUCUAAUUGCUCAAAAACCACAUUACAUCAUUAAUUCCCUGUUAUAUUAAUGUUAGAAAGCUAAUGCAUUGGCUCUUCUAUCUUAAUGUUUAUAGCUCAAGAUUUUGGAAUCAAUUUUGUUCUUAUCUGGAAAUUCGGUUGAAGGACCUAUGUUGAUUGUUCAGAUUCGGUAUAGUUUGAUAGAUUAUUAGGUCUAAAUUUUUAUCAAUGGCUUGUUUAUAGAGAAACAUUUGCAGAUUAGAGUAUCAAUAGGAACAAUAAUUGCUUAAUUUAUACACAAAACUAGUUUUAGUUCUUUCUCUUUACUGAAUGUAAAGCUACAUUCUCAAGUGUAUAUAUGGCUGGAAUCUAAACAUUAGAUCCUUUGAGAGAGAAAAGAAACAGAGUUUUGAUAAAUUUGAAAGCUUUGCCAGUGUUUAUCAUCAAUAACAGUGUAUCCAGAGAGUAACAAAGUCUUUGAGUAGAUUACAUCACAUUCUCUCACUCUCCCAACUAUCAUGACGGUUGACGCACGCGCCUCAAUCAAUAGCGUUGGAAUAAGCCACACACCUAUAAAUUACUAGAUGCUAGGAUGAAGUCUAGAGAGAGAGCUUAUGGUCAAAGUCAGAUAUCAAAACUAUGUGUAUCCACAGUAAAUGCUUUUAACUCUUUAGAGGAGAAGGACCUGAAUGAUACAGUGGUAUUUUUGUUUUCUUUUGUUUCCUCUAUCACUCAGUAAAGCAAAAGAAGAACUAGAGAGAGAGAGAAAGUAAACCCUUUCUUCACCAUUGUUGAUGGAGAAGAAAACUUCAUAUCGUAUAUCUUGUUUCUGUUGAGAGAAUAAAAAGUAGAUUUCAGUUGAGCUGUUUCUCUUUUCUAUUAAACCUAUUAGGUUAAGUAGAAGCUCGUGUGUGUUGUUGAUAAGCCUUGAGAGAUUUUUCAGUUGCAUGGUUAACUUAACCUCCAAGUCAUAAUAUCUUUAAAAGCCUCUUUAGAUUCUGCUUUUUGUUGUUAUCUUUUGAUAAGAAUAAAAUCUUUUCCCUUCCCCUUUUGUAGCCAAUUAGCCCAUAAAAUUCGAAACCUUUAUAAGGUCAGGUCACCCAGCGAGUUUUGCAUCCUUUUGGCAGAAGCAAUGGAUCAAAGAGAAGCAAUGGCUUUAUCCGGGUCGGGUUAUUAUUACAUCCAGAGAGGCAUGCCUGGUUCUGCUCCUCCACAAACUCAACCGUCGUUUUAUGGAUCGCAAGGGUUUCAACAAUUCUCCAAUCCCAGCUCUCCUUUCGGCUCAACUGGAUUCGUGUAUCCUCCUUUACCAGUUGAGACUUCUCAGGUUGAUUCUUUAACGCCGGUUGCACUUCCUCCGUCUGGUGAGACGUUUGUGAAGCGGAAGAGAGGAAGACCGAGAAAAUACGGACAAGACGGUUCUGUUUCCUUGGCAUUGUCUCCUUCACUCUCCUCCUCCAUGUCCCCAAACUCUAACAAACGUGGCCGUGGAAGACCUCCUGGUUCCGGCAAGAAGCAAAGGCUUAGUUCGACUGGUGGAGUGAUGCCGUGGGGGACGAGCUUCACGCCGCACGUAAUCGUAGUUUCCGUUGGUGAAGACAUUGCAUCAAAGGUUAUGUCCUUUUCACAGCAAAGUCCAAGAGCCAUUUGUGUUUUAUCCGUUACUGGUGCAGUCUCUACUGCAACUAUUCUUCAACGAUCGCUAUCACACGGAGCUAUUAAAUACGAGGGUCGUUUUGAGCUUUUGUCUCUCUCAACUUCUUAUCCGAACGCAACUGACAAUGACUACCCAAACAGCACUGUGAAUCUAGCGGUCUCACUCGCUUGCCCCGAUUAUCGUGUCAUUGGUGGUGGAGUUGGAGGGCCUCUAAUAGCAGCAAGCUCAGUUCAGGUUAUCAUUGGGAGCUACAUUUGGGCUAUUCCUAAAGGGAAGAUUAAAAAACGAGAUGAAGAUGUCCAAGAAACUGACGCUUUGGACGAUAACACAGCAGCAACGUCGCCUGAUGUUCCUCAGCAAAGCCAUAACCUUGUUCAGACGCCUGUAGGGAUGUGGUCAACAGGUUCAAGGUCAAUGGACAUGCAUCAUGCCCAUAUGGACAUUGAUCUAAUGCGUGGAUGAUCCAUUUGUGUGUAUAAGCAUUGAAUCUAGGAGAUUAAGAAGAAGGAAGACUUAAGCUAACUUCUCUAAGAACAAAAUAUCUAGUGAUUUUCAGAAUUCAUGCUGGGUUUUUGAGCUUUUGGUUUAUUGAGUUUUUUUUUUGCUUUUUUUUGGGUUAAUAUAUAUAUAUAUAUAUAUAUCAACUACUUACGUUUAUUAUUUCGCUGCAAAAAAAUAUAAAUCCAGGCACAUAGUGAGCGCAUGAUACCAAUAACUAGCCAUGGGCAUUGGUUCGUUUUUUUCGAUUCUUUGAUUCUUCAGUUCUAGAAGUUUAGCAUCUAUCCAGGUAUUUUAAAAUUUUGGUUCCGUUUAGGUUAUUACCGUUCGGGUAACAAAAUUGGAAACCUGCUAAUAUUUGAGGUAAUUGCGGAUCCUAUUUGGUUCCAAUUUUUCGGUUAAUUCGGAUUAAAAAUCAGAAAUUUAGGUUUUCUGAUUAAAUAUAACUUCGUUUGAGUUUUUGGUAAAAAUUUGGAUUAUUCAGAUAAUAUUUGAAAAUUUUGAAUAAAAAGUAUUGUGAUGAUUCAUUUUUAGGUAUUUCGACUUAUAAAUAAUAUUUUUAACUUAUUCAUUUAUUUUAAAACUGAAUAUAGUUAAAAUUUAUAAGAAUAUAAAUUAUAUUAUAGAAAUUCAUGUACCCAUUUGGAUUUCGGUUCAGUUUCUCAUUGAUUUUGGUAUUUUAGUUUUACUGAUAUGACCCAAUCAAAUAAUUGAUAGGACCUAAAUCCGAAUCAACCCUAAUUUUUUGGUUUGGUUCGAUUCCCGUUAUUCGGUUCUGGAUAAAUGUGCUCAGAAUAUGAUUUGUGUUUUAUUGAUCAUGUUUGAAUAAAUCACCAGUUGGACUUAGGGUUUUCAAAGGAUCGAAUGAAUUGUUAGAAUGAAGUAUUAGGGUUUAUCUUUUAUUCUUUAUCUUGAUUGUUCUCAAUGUUAGAUUUGGAUUGACAAUUUGAAGUCUAGAUCUUAGGAUAAAUAGUAGAUGCGAAAGCAUUAUUAAUUGCAUAUUAAUUUUGAUGAGUUAAAUACCUAUAUGCAAAGAAAUUUGGUUUACUGAUUUAGUGAACAUGUCAAACAUGAUUUUAAUGCUUGUCUGAAUAGAUUGAACUACCAUGGGUCUAGCGUAUUUUUUUCUAGAAUUUACAACUGUAUUAAUUUAGUUAAGGGAUAUGGUUUUGGUGAUAGAGUUUCAAAUUUUAAAAAAUAAAUAUUAAAAAUUUCAAAAUAAAAAUAUGCUAUUUUGAUCAUUUUCUUUUUUGAGGGCUAUUUUUGUGAUAAAAACUUAAAAAUGCUUAUUUGAGAAAAUUGUCUAUUAAUUUACUACCAUUUACUUUUUUCUUAUUAUUCACCUAGUUUAAUCUGAAAUUUAUAGUCUAUUGUGUGAUAUGAGACUAUGUAUUAGGCAGGGUGGGGCAGUUGCCAACCAUAGAAAUUUUAAAAUUAGUCUAAUUUUAUAACAAAUUUAAGAUAUGCCCCUGUUGCUAUAUUGCUUUAUGCCCCCUAUACUUCAAAUGUUUGACAAAAUUUUAAGAGACUAAAAAAAUUAUAAUUCGUUGUACGGUUUCAUGCCUAUAUUUUGGUAUUUUAUCUAGUGAUUUUAAUUUAAAUUGUUUAUGUGAUCUAUCACUGAGAAUAGCUAGGAUAAAUUUGACCAUAUAAAAAUUGUGUGAAUAUGGGCGCGUAACUCAUCAUUUCCUACACAAUGUCCAGCCUAAUAAGGAAAUCAUGCGUCAAAGCAAAAGAAAACAAAUCAGCUAGUUUACUCUUCUGAUCAAACGUCGGUUGAAAAUUUUGUUCACACAAUUGAGAAUAAGAAAAUCUAAGUACUAUAAGUAGAAGAGGUGGUUAAAGCUUUCUAAUCAUCUGAAUACAAAGACAAUAACGAGAAAGAGAAAGAUCAAGGAAAAUACUAAAGAGUUGUAUUUUGCUCAUUAUACUCUCGUGAUUAUUAAGUAGUUAUCGUGAGACUCUUUUGUAGUAUCGAAUGAAAGAUACGUUUGAUUCAUUGUAAUUCUAAAGCACGAAUGUGGAUUCAAAUCCUUACAAAAAUCUUUAUUUUCUUCAGCCAAACAAACAAUGAAAAAUUCUUCAUACAAAACAUUUUGUUCGGAGAAAAAAAAAACAUUUUGUUCGAA